GACCUCUCUGGCUGAGAGAUUUCAUAUAGUCAGCAUGCCUGAAGAAGACGUGUGCUCCACCUAGGAAAAAGCAACACACGCUGUGGAGAAGUUCCUGUGCGUCCAUACGUGGCUAUACCAUGGAGGCAACACUUAAAGAACAAUACAUUUGGGCUCUAAACGAGUCAUGGACAAAUGACAGCUUCGGUAACGACACGGAUGGCGCCAAUCAAACAGUGAAUCCCCUGAAACGCAAUGAGGAGGUGGCCAAAGUGGAGGUCACGGUGCUCGCCCUGGUCUUGUUCUUCGCCCUCGCAGGGAAUUUGUGCGUUCUGCUCGCAAUCCACACAGCCAAGCACGGCCAGUCGCGCAUGUAUUACUUCAUGAAGCACCUGAGCAUCGCUGACCUGGUGGUGGCAAUCUUCCAGGUGCUGCCUCAGCUCAUCUGGGAUAUCACAUUCCGCUUUUAUGGGCCCGAUUUGCUGUGCAGACUUGUGAAGUACCUCCAAAUAGUCGGCAUGUUCGCCUCCACCUACAUGCUCGUGCUGAUGUCCAUAGAUAGGUGUCUGGCCAUCUGCCAGCCGCUGCGCUCUUUGCACAAACGGAAAGACCGCUGCUACGUGGUGUUGUCCUGGGUGCUCAGUUUGCUGUUCAGCAUCCCGCAGGUGUACAUCUUCUCUCUACGUGAGGUCGGAUCUGGAGUGUACGACUGCUGGGGAGAUUUUGUGCAGCCUUGGGGCGCCAAAGCCUAUAUCACUUGGAUCAGCCUUACAGUCUAUAUCAUUCCUGUGGCUAUCUUGAGCAUUUGCUACGGUCUCAUAAGCUUUAAAAUCUGGCAGAACUUUAAAUUGAAGACCAGGCGCGAGCAGCAGGUCGUCACUCUGAGCCCCACGGCCGCGCGAAACGGUGCGCUUUUGGCGCGCGUAAGCAGCGUCAGACUCAUUUCCAAAGCCAAGAUCACCACAGUCAAAAUGACGUUCGUCAUCGUGCUGGCUUACAUCGUAUGCUGGACUCCGUUUUUCUUCGUACAGAUGUGGUCGGCGUGGGAUCCAGCUGCGCCCCGUGAGGCCAUGCCCUUCAUCAUCUCUAUGCUGUUGGGCAGUUUAAACAGCUGUUGUAACCCUUGGAUCUACAUGUGCUUUGCUGGACACCUGUUCCAUGACCUGAAGCAGAACUUUCUGUGCUGUUCGGCUUACUACCUGAAGUCCUCUCAGUGCCGCUAUGAUCUGGAGCGCAACUCCAGCCGCAAGAGCAACUCCUCCAUUUACGUCAUGAAGAGCACCAGCAGCCAGAGAAGCAUUACCCAGACAUCGUCCACAUAAACACUGUCGCUGAUCACACAUGAAGACUGGGUGUAGACCCAUACAGAAUGAAAGUGAUGUGCGCAGAUGGUUGUAAACACACUGAGAGGAGCCUAAUGAAACUCACUAUCAGAACACUGUUGGAAGCUUUGCCUUUAUCGCUGUGAUUACUUCCUGGACAAAAAAAAUAAAUAAAUAAACAAAACAGACUACCACCAGAAUGAGAAGAGGGUGACUGUAAUGUCAUAGCAGAUGGCAUGCUACCAUAAAUGUAAAAAAAAAAAUGUCUGGCUCCAGAUUAAAAUCUGUGUGUGUUUGGCUUCCAGAAGAGAGGCCUUUUUGAAAACCAUUGGCUUUUGAAAACCUUUUUUUUUCUUAUUCGCACUUAAAUAUGCUCUUCAGUCAGUGUUCAACAUUUCAUUCAUUCUCAAGAAAAGCAAGAAGAUAUUUCCUAGCUUACUUUUCUUGUCACUUAAAGUCAUAGCUUGUGAAAACUGCAUGCAUAUUGUGGACUAACUGCGUAACAAAUAAGUUCAAGUCAAUAAUGACGAUCAGUCAGUGUUUGUGUUUUAGAAUUAACUGCACAACAUUAAUGACUCUAGCGAGUCACAGGUUUUUCUCUUUUUUUUCUUUUCAACAGAAAUAGUUCUGUUUUGUUUGCUUUUUAUUAUCAAAGAUAAUAAAACCCAUUGAGAACGCAGCAUUACUUUCCCUUUUCUUGAUCAUGAAUUAUUUCCAUUCUUUGGUUUUAUUCACCCAAUAGGACAUUCUUGAUCAGUUUAAUUACUAGGUUUUUAUGUGUUGGUUUAUUUAAAAGCCACAUUUUUUGUCACAUUCAUUUACAGAGCACAUUUACUUAUACACUCGCAUCAUGUUAACAGAAAGACCCGUCAUAUAACUUUAUUUUCCUGAAGUAAAAUUCUGCAUGUUUCUUUAAAACACCUACUGAGUUUCUCCAACACAUAAAUGUCAUCAUCCAAAGCGUCUCAUUUUCUUUUUAAAUCCAGCAGUAAAGUGAUUGUUCAAUGAUUACACUUCCUUCACAAUGUUUAAUUCUAUUCUAUACAGACAUAUUUGCUUCUAAGUCAAAAUGCUACUGAAUAUUACUUCUGAAACUCAGUCAUAUUUACUAUGGAUAUAAGAAAAAUAUGGAGUAAUUUAUUGAAAAUAAAGUGUAUGU